UUCAGAUUUUGAUAUCAAAGAUGAUUAUGUAUUAUAUAGUUAAACUUAAUUCAAGCACCUUUACUGGAAAUGUUUGUGUUCUUUAUUAAGCAUGUCCUUAAUAAUAGAAGAUCGAAAAACAUGUCAAUUCUGAGCGCUCUAUUAAUACAUACAUUGCCUGUUAACGCGAUAGAGCAGUCAAGAAAAAUGCCCGAUUUCCUCCCCCCCCCCCCUAUUCUUCUUUAAUCUUUAUUCAAAAAUUUUGACUUUAAGCUUUCAAGCUUCUAAAUUUUGUCGGAACUAAAUAUCAUGAUUAUAAUUUUUGUAAAUAGAUGUUGGCUUUAUAGCUGUUGGUUUAUCAAUAUGCUGUUACAAGCGUUAACGUUGCGGAAUUAAGACAAUAUGUUUUUCUAAUUUUGAAAUAAUGUGCACAUUAUUUAUUGGAAAUAAAAAUAAUUUCCAAUUUUUCAUUCCAGUGUCAUUCAUUUUAAGCCACUUGUUUCAAGAAGCACCGAGCUUGUAGCAAGGUUAGAGCUACUACAGUGACAAUUUUUUGUACCAAGGAUUGCCAAGGGUUCUGCAAUAGAAUUUUCUGUUAUAUGUUAUGUCACCAAAUGUACAUUAAAAAUCCCUAUAUACUGCACCUAUUCGAAAAGUUGGCGACAAGAGAACAAAUGAACAAAUAUAAAAUGAAAAUCAAUAGCAAAACUGAAAUUGUAAUCGGUUCUCUUCGAAUUAUGUAGCAAGUGGUGACAAAGAGCGAAAGAGUUGCUUUCGUUAUCAUAUUAAGAAAGUACGUGAACAGAAUGUUUCUUUCAGCGUUCCGCCUUUCAUUUCUUCGUUUCGGCGUUCCAAAAAAUCAUUUUCAAAUAAAGCUUCUUCGUUUUGCAUGUUUUUAUUCGCAGUUUGCCGCGAGACGUGGUCCUUCUUGUCCCUUCUUGUCCAGUGAACACUUUCCAUAGCAUACGGUUUCCAGAACACCUUGAAGUUUUGCCUCUGGUGUUGCCAAACAUUUUAUUUGCGAGGAAGCAUUAGAUUAAUUUUUCUGUAAAUGGUAGAAGAAGAGAGAAAGGGGCUGUAAAGAGUUUUUAAAAGCUUGUGAAUGUUGCAGUCAGCAAGUUAUGCUAACGUUUCUAACUGAAGAAGCUACAAAAAGAAUGCCAAAAAGACAUGGUAAUCAUGCCUGAUGCUUUAGUGAAAGGGAACAGGCAAUUGAAGCAUUGCAGCUCAUGUUGGUUGGCUCAUACUUUGAAGAGAAACAGCAAAACAUUUGUAGGAUUUAGAAUUUUGUGAUGAAUUGAGUGAAAGGCAAAGCGGUUGACACCAUGGCAUCAACAAUACGAGUAUUUCAACAUGCCAUAAACUUGUUCUUUUCGAAAGAAACUUCAUGGCAAAACGUCUUAAUGUUAAAGAUAAAAAAUUGCAUUUGUAGACAAAGUUGUUGAUGCAGUAAAUACAGAUGGAAUUAUAAAAACUGCUAAAGAACACGCAAGCAGAGUAUUUGAGGAAGAUAUUUUACUUCAGCUAGUUGAUGAUAUAGUUGGUUUAUUUGUUGCCAAUGGACCUCAAAUAUUUUACAGUUGUGAUUCACUAACAUGAUUGGCAACAUUUCUUUACUAUGUAAUGGACCUCAUAAAGAUAUUUAGGGUGAAAGAAGGUAAAGAAUUUGAAGUAAUUAAUUAGAAAAGAAAUUAAUUAGUGAAAAGAAUUGAUUAGAAUUUGAAGUUCCUUUAGAAUAAUGGGUUGGUUAUCAGGCUAGCUAAGGUGCUACACUUUGGCCCACGCGCAGAAUCUACGGAGGAGAAAAAGUAGAGGCUGCACGCAGGCUCGGACAGUUAGGGCCCGCAGAAGCUAUCUGUUUGGUACUUUGGCCAAUACAUGAGGAUUAUAUUAACACAAAAAUAGUGUCGAUAGCCUGAUUCUUGUUGUUUGCAUAGUGAUAAUUGGACAUUAACAUUGCCGUCCUUUGCGUGCAUCUUAUUAUUUUUUCUCACAUAUUUGCUUACUUGCUUUGGAGAACUUUUCCCGCCAAUUUCUGGAUCGAGGCUGAUAGAAAAUGGUGAACAAUUUUUCUUUGGGAGGGUAAAAAAGAAGCAGAAAGAUAAAAUGAAGUUGGACGUUUACCAGAAAAUUGUUGAUUUGAUUCAGGCAGGAUCAUAUAGAACAAAAACAGAGUGCUUAAAGAAGUUGCAAGAAAUUUACCCGGAGUUUUCUGAAGGUACUUUUCACAGCAUCUAUUCUCAAGAAACUCAGCGAAAGAUAAAACUUAACAUGAAGAAGCAUCGCCGCCCUGAUGUCGCGCAGUCCUAUUACGAAAGGUGCAUGAGGCAUUGCGAUUCUAAUGGUAAACCUGGCAUCAUAGUUCAAAUAGCCAAUGAGGUUGAUUUUCCUCCAGUAAUGAUAGCAAGAAUAAUCCUUGGCGAGUAUUUAAGAAGAACCAAGUUCAAAGAGGCUGGAACAGUUCCUAAGGGCCACAUAACUCUAUUGUUGAAAGAUCCAAAUCUUAUUGAGCAUGAAAACCUGGCUAAAGAAGUUGUAUUGUGUCUAGAGUCUGACGAAGAUUGUGGUCCUGAUAAUGAUGCCAUGAAGAGGAAAAUUGGCGAAGAUUAUGAAACCCACCUGAAAGAAAUACUAGCAGAAAAAAAUAUUCCAUUUCUUGAUGAAGCAAGACAACGACAAUUAGGCUUCGAUAAAACACCAGAUUGCAGGCUUGAAGUACCUAUUGCUGUGGAUGGCUACGUCGUAAACUGGAUCGAAAGCAAGGCAUCAUUUGGAGACGAGGAAAGUCAUACUAAUUAUCUCAAAGAUCAAUUUUGGAGCUACACAAAUCGAUUUGGAUCAGGAAUGGUUAUAUAUUGGUUUGGUUUCAUCGACCAGCUUGACAAUAACAAGAACAGAGGUAUCGUUUUAUACGAUCGAUUUCCUCAACAAAUAGUCACUCUGGAUAUGCUGCUAUGAGAAUGCCUAUCGUUUUCAAAAUGAAUCUACCUACAACAGACAUUCCUAUCUACUAUGCUCGAUCUUUUUGCUACAAUUUCCGACUAUCUAUUUUAUUAAUUAACCUUGGUAGAAAGUCUGGGCUUAAGAAUCCCUAGACGCUGCAAACGUCGCCUGAAUAUUUGGUUAUCUUUGCCCAAAAAGCCUGCUGGAAUUGCUGAAAUUCUCAAUUCAUUCAGUUUGAGCUCUGCAAAGGCAAGAACGCGAACAUUUGAUAUGACAUUUUAAAAUGAAACAAAAUCUACGUUGAAUUUCUUCAGAUGGCAGGACCAAAAAGGUCGCAGACACCAGAAUACUCGAUAAGCAGUUUUCUUUUCUUAUGUUUUUAAGAGCAAAAUGAAAAUACAAACAAAUGUUUUUAUUGCUUACUUUAAAAUAAACAAACAUCAAGGUAGUCUUGUGUAUCAUAAAUUUCUGCAAAUAGUUAUUUCAUUUUGUACCAGAAAUUGAAGUUAAUGUACUCUUUAUUAAAAUUUCACUAUGUAGAAAGAUCUUUCCUUGCCAUAGAAAAUAUGCAAUGUCUUUUGUGAGCUUUACAACACUAGUUGACACAUUAAUAGAGUUCUUAAAAGUAUGACGUCAUUAAAAUUUAUUUUCAGAAUUUUUGAAUUCUGACCACGUAACCGAAAAGAACAAUCAAAUAUGUCUAAAUUCGGUUAAGAUAGGCAAAUGGAAAAAGUUCGCUCACAGAUUACUUAUGUAUUUGUAUGUCUCAAAAAGUUAUGAACAGGGGCCUCACGUGGCCAUAGCUCAGCCAAUUUCUGCUUCAUUUGACUGAUUUUGCAAAACAAGGGGUAUUUCAUUGUGCUUUUUAAGUUAUCUUAUUCAAAUUGAAAUAUUCUGAAAAGGAUUUAUUCGACAUCGUGACUAAAGAACACUACUUUACGUGUAUAUAAUCGAUAUAGAAUGUAUUAAUAAAUUUAAAAUAGGAUUUGCUAAAAUUUUUAUAUCUUUUUGAUAGCAUUGUUGUCUACAACUUUAACCAGCAAAUCAGUGAUAGAUAAAAACAUCGAUUCUCGUCCUUGCCUGAACUAUUGGGAUUUAAUUCUGUCUUUAGUGAAACAGUAAUUUUGAUACUUUGAACUGACAAUGAAACCGUUUACUCUCUCAAUUUAUGAUAACUUUAGUAGUUUUCUUGGGAAAAUCUAGUUUUUUGCGGUACCGUUAAAUUAUUUGAAAUCUUAUCGAAAAUACUGAUGUUGUUGUCUUGCUCAAUAUACUGCAAGUUUAGUUCUGAAUGUUUUUGAGGCUACGUCACAAACUGC